ACCCUGUGUACUACGUGCAUGAGGAAGGGAAGGUGGUGGCCCUAUGGCACCCCGUGCGUGGCUGGUAGGGCCCCCCAUCCCGCUGCCCAUAAUGAGGUCCUGCGCCCAAGAUGAGGUCCUGUACCCAUAACGAGGUCCUGCGCCCACAAUGUCCCGCAACUACACCGAGGUCUUGCAACCCUGCUGAGAUCCUCACGGCCAACACGAGGUCCUGCAACCACGCUGAGGCCCUGCAGCCAUGCCGACAUCCUAUGGGCAUCACGAGGUCGUGAAGCCAUGAUGUGACCCUACACCCGUGAUAAGACCCUAUACCCAUGCUGAGAUCCUACGCCUACGUCACGAUGCUGAAACCACACUGAGCUCCUACAACCCUGAUCAUGUCCCGCAUCCGUGCUGAGAUCCUUCACCCAUCCUGAAGUCCUACACCCACACCAGGAUCAUGGAAUCAUAGAAUGGUUGGGGUUGGAAGGGACCCAAAGCAUCGUGAAGCUCCAACCUCCCCACCCCACACAGGGCCAUAAACCUCCAUAUUCAAUACCAACCCAGGCUGCCCAGGGCUCCAUCCAACCUGGCCUUGAACACCCCCAGGGAUGGGGCAUCCACAGCCUCACUGGGCAGCUGUUCCUGCACCCACGUUGAGACCCUACACCCACACUGAGAUCCCACACCCGUAACACUGUCCUGCAUCCAUGCUGAGAUCCUAUCCUCAUCCUAAGGUCCCACGCCCAAGAUUCCGUACUCACAGAGAUCCCACACCCACGCUGAGAUCCUACACUCACGCUGAGAUCCUGUAUGUGUGCUGAGAUUCUGCGCCCACUUCCUCACCAGGGCUCAAUAAAGUCGCUUUUCCCAUUUCCAGGCUCUAUGGGGCACAGUGGAGGCCGUGAGGACGGCACCCUACAACUGUCCCAUUGAAGUCACCCAAACCAACUGAACCGGGCUGAACUGGGCUGAAUAAGUGGGGGGAGUUGGGCUGAGCUGGGAUGAGUCCAGAUGAAUGGGGCCGAGCUGGGCUGGAUGGAGUUGUAUGGGAAUGGACUGGGCUGAAUGGGGUUGAGUUAGGCUGAAGUGGGUCGAACCGGGAUGAAUUGGGCUGAACCAGGCUGUAGUGAGCUGAAUGGGGCUGAACCAGGAUGAGCUGGGCUGAACUGAGCUUAAUGGGGUGAAACCAGGAUAAACUGGGCUGAAUGGGGCUGAACCGGGCCGGACACAGAACCACCCGAACCGGGCGGGACCUGGGCUGAACAAGGCUGAACUGGGCUGAAACAGUCCGGACUGUUCCGAGCCAAACUGAGGUCCGACCCGACCCAACCCAUCCCCGAACCCCGUCCCGAACCGCUCCGGGCCGAGCCGAGCCUCGGUGGGCGUGGCCUCCCUUAGCCCCGCCCACAGCCCUCAGCCAAUGGCGUCGCGCCGCGCCCCUCCCUGCGAGGCCGCGCCGAGCCGAGCCGAGCCGGGCCGAGCGGAGCGGAGCCGAGCCCGGGCGGAACCGAGCGGAGCCGAACCGCGCCGAGCCGAGCCGAGCCGAGCCGGACCGAACCGAGCGGAGCAGCGCCCCGGGGGGGCCCGGCCCCGGCCCCGCCAUGCAGUGGGGCUGCGCGGCGCUGCGCCUAUCGCAGGCGCUGUGCCUGCUGCUGUCCGCGCCGCUCUGCCCGCAGGUGUCGGCCCGCAGCCCGCCGUGCCCCAGCGGUGCCUACACUCAGUCCGGCGAGUGCUGCUCCUCCUGCCCUCCAGGCUCCGGGACGGCCGUUCCCCACGGCCUCACCAGCACCCAGUGUGAGCCCUGCGCCCAGAAGAAGGAACCGCAGAUCCCAGAACAGGCCGAAGGAAACCCCCCCAAGGAGGGCAGCACCGGCCCCACCGCCUCAGCCACCUCUGCCUCCACGUUCGUCCCUCCCCUCCCUGAGGACGUGGGGCAGAACAUCAUCCCCGUGUACUGCUCCCUCCUGGCCGCCGUGGUGGUGGGUCUCCUCGCCUACGUGGCCUUCAAGUGCUGGCACACGUGCAGGCAGAAGCAGCAGCUGGCCAAGGCACGAGCAGCUGAGCUGGGGACGACGGCCGAGGGCGAGAAGCUGCACAGUGACAGCGGGGUCUUCCUGGACACUCACAGCCUGCAGGAGCCACACCAGAUGGGCAAGGCGACCCGUCUGGAAGCCCGACCCUACAGCUCAGUCCCACAGCAGAGACGGGAGGAGGUGGAGCAGCUGCUGGAGAGCGGUGGUCCCAGCGGGGACUGGCGUGGGCUGGCCGCCCGCCUGGGCUACGGGGAUGAGGCCGUCGGCACCUUCGCCCGCGGCCAGGCGCCCGCCCGCACCCUGCUCGCCACGUGGGCAGCCACAGAGGGGGCCACAGUGGAAGCCCUCUGCCGGGCCUUGGCUGCUAUGGGACGGCAGGACGUGGCCGAGUGCCUGGCGGGGCCGGGGGACGCCAGCUCGGUGGUGUGAGCCCACCCCGGGGGGUGAGGUGGAGGAGGACGGGACACGGGGAUGUGUGGUCCCUUUGGAUGGGUGAGCCCUUGGCCAGCAGCAGCUUUAUCCUGCCCUGUACUCCGCUGGGUUUUUAAGUCGUUUUUGUACUUUUGAGGGGGGGUGGGUGGGGGGAAAUGCCCUUUUUGUAUUUGGGGUCCCAGCGUAGGGCCGGGGCGUUGCGUGCUUGUUGCCUGCGGUGGUUGCAUUAAACAGCCAACGUGC